GGCGGCGGCGGCUGCGCGAGAGAGGACCGUGCGCGCGCGCCUUGUCGGUGCUGUGGCGGCGGCAGCGCGCGGGCAGGUUGAGGUGAGCGCGGCGCCCCCGCCCGACGGUUCCCGCCGCAGGCAGGAGCGGCCGCGCCGGGCGGAGACGCUGCCACUGCCGCCGACCCUCGGUUCGUCGCUCUCCUUCCUGUGGCGGCUGCGGAGCGGCGGGGCGAGGGCCGCCCUCCCCCGUCAGCCGCGGCGGGCGGAGCGGCGGCAGCAGCAGCAGCAGCAUGAGCGGCGGCGGUGCCGUCCGGAGCACAGCGGCGAGGGCACGGUUGGCGGCGCGGCUGCUGGCGGUGCUCGGCUGCGUCCUGACAGCGGAGGCCCAGCUCACAGGAGUCCUAGAUGAUUGUUUAUGUGACAUAGAAAGCAUCGAUGACUUCAAUACUUUCAAGAUCUUCCCCAAAAUACAGAAACUGCAAGAACGUGAUUACUUCAGAUAUUACAAGGUCAACCUGAAGAGACCAUGCCCAUUUUGGGCUGAUGAUGGCCAUUGUUCUAUCAAAGAUUGUCAUGUAGAGCCUUGUCCUGAGAGCAAAAUACCUGUUGGAAUUAAGGCUGGGAGCUCUAAUAAAUAUUCAAAAGCAGCAAAUAAUUCCAAAGAAUUGGAAGACUGUGAGCAAGCUAGCAAACUGGGAGCAGUUAACAGUACCUUAAGUAACCAAAGUAAGGAGGCUUUCAUUGACUGGGCAAGAUACGAUGAUUCACAGGAUCAUUUUUGUGAACUUGAUGAUGAGAGAUCUCCAGAUGCACAGUAUGUGGAUUUGCUGCUGAAUCCAGAGCGUUACACUGGAUACAAGGGGCCUUCUGCUUGGAGAGUGUGGAACAGCAUCUACGAAGAAAACUGCUUCAAGCCUCGAUCUGUCUAUCGUCCUUUAAAUCCACUGGCACCUAGUAGGGGAGGAGAUGAUGGAGAAUCUUUCUACACAUGGCUAGAAGGUCUUUGCCUUGAGAAAAGAGUGUUUUAUAAACUCAUUUCUGGACUUCAUGCUAGCAUCAACUUGCAUCUGUGUGCAAAUUAUCUUCUUGAAGAAACCUGGGGGAAGCCUCGCUGGGGACCAAAUGUGAAAGAGUUCACUCACCGCUUUGACCCUAUUGAAACAAAAGGAGAAGGACCAAGGAGGCUCAAAAAUUUGUAUUUCUUAUAUUUGAUAGAGCUGCGUGCUUUGUCAAAGGUUGCACCGUACUUUGAGCGUUCAGUUGUUGACCUUUACACUGGAAAUGGCCAUGAGGAUGCUGAAUCUAAAGCUCUCUUACUAGAUAUCUUCAGGGAUACAAAGUCCUUCCAUAUGCACUUUGAUGAAAAGUCCAUGUUUGCUGGAGAUAAAAAAGGAGCCAAGUCAUUAAAGGAAGAAUUCAGAUUGCAUUUCAAGAACAUAUCCCGCAUAAUGGAUUGUGUUGGAUGUGACAAAUGCAGGCUGUGGGGCAAACUGCAGACUCAAGGCUUAGGAACUGCUCUGAAGAUCUUGUUUUCUGAGAAAGAAAUACAGAGCCUUCCUGAGAACAGCCCAUCAAAAGGUUUUCAACUCACGCGUCAAGAAAUAGUUGCUCUUGUAAAUGCCUUUGGAAGGCUUUCCACAAGUAUAAGAGAGUUGCAGAAUUUUAAAGUUUUAUUACAACAAACUAGGUAAUGAAGGCCUUUGCACAACCCAUUAGUGAAGACCAUUUACGUGGCUGCAUUGAGCAGAAGGAACUGAUCCUUACAGGACUCACAUGAACUGAUAAAAAGUAAAAUCAAAUACCAACUUGAAUAUUUAUGUUUAAACUAGGAAUGGUUAUUAAUUGGAAAAGAUAUUUAUGGAUGAAAUAUAGAGUUUUUAAAUGUGUAAAUUAUGAUGAUCUGUUUAUUUUUUCUCUGCUCACAGUUCUGUUGUACUGAAACUUCAUAAACUUACUUUAUUUCCUUCUCUUUCUGAGACAGUUGUUUUAUAUGAAAACAUAUGUACCUCUACCCUGACUUGGCCUGAGAGAGGUGGUUCACCUCUCGCCUCUCCCCAGUACUGAGCUUCAGUAUAUUCUGAGGAUUGGGUAUGCUGAUUCUGGCUGUCUAAAAGAAAAACAAACAAACAAACCCCAAACAGAAAAGGAAAUAAUGGACUUGUUGAGUUCUGACUUCUUACUGUGAUAAUGAAACUUACUUAAAAAUAGAAAAUUUACUGAGCAGAAAAUUUUAUUUCAUACCGAGCUCCUUUGCAUCAUGCUGAUACCAACAUAUUUUUCCUUAUGUGCUGCUUUUCAGAAUUUUCUUUUUUCUUUGAAAUAACUACUUUGUCUCUGAUGCAGCACAGUUGGAAGUGACUUUUCUGCAGCCCCUUGGUGACCUGCAUUUGCUUGGGGGUGGGGGUCAGGGCAGGGGGAGGUGGUGCUAGAGUGCUGCUAGCUGAAAAGCCUCAGUCAAUCAAAUUUGCAUGUACCCCAUUUUAUUUUCUAGAUUGUAAUCACAAGUUCAGUUUCCAGAAAUCAUCUUUUUAAUGUCUAAAAUGUUAAAAUAGCACACUUCAAUCUCUGACCCCUGGAAAUAGAUUUGUUCUUUAUGGGUUGUGUUUUAGUGCUAUGUUAAAAGGUCAGUGUAAAAAGUAGGAACUUGGUUUUAUAGUCACUUUUAAAAAAAGAUGCUUUUUAAAAUUCAUAAUCACACUGACAUUUAAUACCGCAUACUCUAUCUAUGCAAUCCCUAACUGUAUCUCCUUUAAAAGCAUAUUCAAUGUAAAAAAACGGGUAUGUUAAUAACAUAACUUUCAUGAAAUAAGAAAUUACUCAUGUAUCAUUGUCCACAAAUGUCAAUGAUAACUGACCAUUGUCCAAAACAGAAUUCAGAAACAGCACUACUGAUUAGUAGCAACCAAAUAUUGGUUUAAAUUUAAAAUGAAGUAAUAAUUUUUUUUUUUUAAACCAGCCUGUUUCAAAAUGAAGUUAGGAGUUAUGAAUGUAGGAAGUGCUGGUACAGUGUAGAUACAUCUCUUGUUUUUAAAAAUAAGUCUUCACAAAAUGAAGUGCUCUUAAACAUUUUUCACCCUGCCAGAUAUUUAGUGACCUGUUUAUAUAAUUGAUUGUAACUGUAUCAGCUUCCAUAAUGUGGUCCUUUACAGCUGAGAUUUUCUGAAAGCUGGAAUACGCUCUAUGUCCUUUGUUUCCAGACUAGCCUCAAGUUUCUACCUGACUGGAAAUGAGAUAGACUAUCCUGCUGACACUUCCUAUUAUAAAAAAAUACUGUUUCUCAAGUAAACCCUCUUGAGUCAAACUGGGAUAAGCUAAAUGAAAGAAAAUUAAAAAAAAAAGGGGGGGGGGGACACAACCAACAACAAAACCACCCCCACCCCCUGAGUUUUGGUGAUAGUUGCACAAAUUGGCAAUGAACUGGUAUCGAGUCAGAAGUUCCGGUUUAAGCCAGUAGAUAAUUUAAUGUGGUGUUAAAGAAAGCUGAUGCUAGUCUGGGGAUGUUAUGUUCUUACCUAGCAGCCUCUCUUGCCUGUGGGCACCCAUGUCUGAGCAAGUCACCACAGGCUUCCUUUUUCUAGUUAAUGGAGAAGAGCAGGUGAUUUCUAGGUGGAUUCAUCUGGCCUAUUCCGAGCUCUGUAUUUGCACCCUAGAGUUUAUUUUUCUCCAUUAAAUUGAAGUGGGAAUCUAGGUAACUGGCCCAGAUGUGAACAGCUGUGUUUGGUACGAGUUACACCCUGACUAUCUAACUCUUCUGAAUAAUUGUAUAUAUUGAAAGAGUGUGGUUUUCAGUUGGCCAUUAAUUCCUUGCUUUUUGGAUUGACCUGCAAGGGUGGAACCUGUAGGCUUACUGUGUGAAGAAUGCUGUAUAGCUGGGAUUUAUCUGUAUUGUUAUAUAUUACAGUGCCUAAAGCUUUAGGCAGGAUUUUCUAGUUGAAAAAAAAAAAAAAAUAAAAAUGGUGUUGUCUGCGCUGCCCCAGGAAGGACCUGAGCCUCAGAAUUGUUUCUUCCCUUUUUCCCCUUGCUUUGUGGGGAAAGUGAAUUGCUUCCGGCCUUCUCCUGGGGAUGCAACUUGCUUUUUUUUUCUUUUUUUCCACCUGUGCCUGGCUAAGAUCUAUGGACACUGAAGGAGCAUCACAUACUAGCAUCAUGCACUUGCUCAUGGGACAGGUGAGAGAUUCAGGCACGCAGAUCCUGGACACCUGCUCCUUGCAACCCUCAUGGGCACAAUGCAGGCAAGGUUAAUACCAUUGGGUAAGGACCUAAAAAGAUGGGAAGCUUUUCUUCUUUCCCUUUGUUUCAUGAAAACACAGGAGUGCAACAGAACAGCAAAUUCCAUGUGUGGGGAAGUUCUGUUGCGUUUGAAGGUACAUCUCUUUUGGUGAUCAAAUAUGGAAGGUGUUUCACUUCACUAUCAUUGUAGAAAUAGGACAUAAAAUUUUUUUCCUGUUACAAAUCUGGUUGAAACAAUUUUCCUGUCGCCAUUUUUCUUACUGUAUUUGAUGUACAUUCUGUGACUAUGCUGCCUAUGAAGUUUUGCCAUGUGAGUUGGAUAACUUAGUUCUUUAUAUGUUAAAUUAAAUUUUAGAAAUUUACAGAUCCAUUUUUAUACUAAAGAAUAAGGUUAGUUACACUGUCCAUGACCUGUAAACUGUUUUAAAAUCCAGCUCCCUGUUGGGAGAUCAGCUUGUCAACACUGUCUGUCGUUCAUUUCAGAGUAAAAGUGCAUUUCCUUGUACAAAUGACACAAUGAUUGUAAUCCCAGAGGUAGUGAGAAGACAAAGACAAAAAUGUUUCAUUUUUCCCAAGUCAUGAAGACUUAGGUGAAAUGGUAAAGGAGACUUGGUGCAAACUGCAUGGGUCAAAUGUAGGGCACUGUUGCUGAACAACUUGCUCUUCAGUGCCUGAGGAGGGAGGUGAGAAUGCAGAUUUAAAACAGUGAAAUACAGGGACUUGUGUAAGCUGGAACAACAAAAGCAUUUUCCUACUUCAGCUGAUGACUUGCGCUGUCAGUCAUUGUAUGUGCAUGAAAUACACUGUGCCACACUUUCUUGAGUUGUGUUUUGAUGGCUGGGUUGACUAUCUGACCUUGCUUUGUGCUUUUCUGGGAAAUGACCUGUAAUAUGUUGUAAAUAAUCUAAAUGCUUAUGUUUAUAAAGUAGCAAUCAGCAAUUCCUCACUCUACAAUUCCUCCAUGUACCUAGCCUAUUAAAGAUAUAAUAUUUAUUAAAAUCAAACCCAAUAUUGGAACUGCUUACUGAGAUCUAAACACUUCUGAAUCUUUGCUAUGUUUGAAUCUAUGAAAUGCGAAUUAAAGUAUUUUCUGCUACAA